ACAAAAAAUUAGCCGGGCGUGUUGGCGGGCGCUUGUAGUCCCAGCUACCUGGGAGGCUGAGGCAGGAGAAUGGCGUGAACCCGGGAGGCGGAGCUUGCAGUGAGCCGAGAUCGCGCCACUGCACUCCAGCCUGGGGGACAGAGCAAGACUCCGUCUCAAAAAAAAAAAAAAAAUGCAAUGUUGUUGCUGUAGGAAGACUCUCGGAUUCUACCCAAGGAUACUUCAUGAGAACGAACCCCUUCAGAGAGGCCCUACAAAACAGAGGGAAGACAGAGGGGUCCAAGGGAGAUGGUCUCCUCAAGUAGGAACACCCAAGCCUCAGACACAGCAGGAAGGGGCCUGAGAGACUGACAGAGGCAGGAUAGGUGCAAGGCAGGGGUGGAGGGGAGGGACCAGCGCAGGCUGCACCAGUGGGAGUGGCUCCACCCUUCCCACCUCAGAGCCAUGGGGAGCCAGGGCUCUGGCGGGGUGCCCUUGGUGCAGGCUCCCUACACAGUCCUGCUGCUGCCGCUGGGGACAAGCCGCCAAGACCCAGGGGCCCAGAGCUUCUUCCUUUGGCUGCGGAGGAUGCAGGCUCUGGAGAGAGAACAGGAUGCCCUGUGGCAGGGGCUGGAGCUGCUACAGCAUGGCCAGGCCUGGUUUGAAGACCAUCUGAGGGAGGCACAGCGACAGCAGCUCCAUCUAGGGGCCCUUGGUGAGAAUUUUCUAACAGAUUUACACUCAGAGCCUGGUCGCCCCCCGUUAGCCCAGAUUCAAAAGGUGAACAUCUGUUUGCAGAAUCUGAUUCAUGAGAAGUUCUCCCCAAGUCCACUGAACAAGGCUAGUUCCUGCACCACCCAGGAUUCAAAGGAAAGACGAAGGGAGCAGAACUUGUGGCAGCAACAGGAGUUGUCAAGGCAGCAGAAAGUCACCCAGCCAAAGGAGGAGAUGGCUCAGCGGGGCUGCACCAAGGGGCCAAGAGGCGCUACCCGUGUCUAAAGCCUCCUCUCACUCCCCUAAGCCUGGUGAAAGAGUCAGAAGCCCC